AUGGGAUGUUUCGGACCAUCAAAAACUUCAAGAACAAGAAACCAAGAACGAGACACGACUCGACAACACCCACCUCCACCUCCCCAACCUCAACACCGAACCGUGAGAGCCGAAGAGGUUCUGUUACGGAUUCCGAGAUGCAGAGUCCAUCUCAUCGACGAAUCCGAGGCCGUGGAGCUCGCUUCCGGUGAUUUCAACCUCGUUAAAGUCACAGACAACGGCGUGACUCUCGCGUUGACCGUCAGAAUCGGGCAUGACCUUCAGUGGCCGGUGAUUAGAGACGAGCCCGUGGUGAAACUCGACGCACGUGACUACCUCUUCACGCUUCCGGUUAAAGACGGAGAUCCACUCAGCUAUGGGGUCACUUUUUCAGGAGACGACAGAGACGUAGCCCUUGUGAAUAGCCUGAAGUUGCUCGACGAGUUCUUAAAGGAGAACUCUUGUUUCUCGUAUUCGGGUUCGAGUAAGGUUAACAAUGGAAUUGACUGGAAAGAGUUUGCGCCGAGGAUUGAAGAUUACAACAACGUUGUUGCUAAGGCUAUUGCUGGAGGAACAGGACAUAUAAUUAGAGGAAUCUUCAGUUGUAGUAAUGCUUACACCAACCAGGUUUCAUGCAAAACUUAA